UAUAUAAGUUGUCUUUCGUAGAUUAUUAAAAUUAACAAAAAUUUUAUGGAAUAAAUGUAAUGAAUGACUUCUCUUAAUGAUUUUCUUCCACUUCCUGGUUCAAAUAACUGGAGAAAAACAAGAUCUCUUACAACUGAUAGCAAUGAAGAUUCUACUGUUGUGAGACAUGUUAUUAUAAGAGAAGUUUGGUUAAAAAAACAUCCAUGGCCUCAUGCUGUUUACAAAGUUGAGGUAAUGAGCCAGACAUCUCAUUGGUUUGUUUUUAAAAGAUACAAAGAGUUUUAUAACUUGCACCAAAAGCUUGUUGCAUUAUAUAAUGUUCCUCGAAAUCUUUUGCCUCCUAGAAUAUUAACAAAUAAUAUGGCUCGUGAGACAUUGCAGCAGCGAAGAGAAUUGUUAGAGCAUUAUUUACAAAAGCUUUUAAAUAGCUGUAAUGGAGCUGUGCGAAAAUCUGAAGAAAUAUCAGAAUUCCUAGAAGUCAAAUCAAAUGAUAUUUCAAAUGUUACAUAUGGAUUAGCUUGCUAUUUGAAAGAAAAUGGGGACAGCAUUUUGAUGUCAAAAGACUAUUUUAGAUUAUCUCCGAGCCAACUUUAUUGUAUAACAAAACAAUUACAAAUACCUCAUCCAAAUAGCACAAUUGACUUGGGUUACCUUUAUCAAUUCGUUGCUGCUUUAAGUAGGUUAAAUAUUACGGAUCCUGCAACUCAGUUUUGUAAUGGAGAAGAAAAUGAAAGUUUUCUUACCUUUGAUUUGUCACUCUUCUCCUCUUUAACUCGACUUCAGAUAGAUGCAUGCAACAUUAACUCAAUACGAGGUUUUGAAAGUUUAUGCCAAAAGCUUAAAAAGCUUACUGCACGUUACUGCUUGUCAUCAAUGAAGUCUUUAUUGAUUGAUGCUGCUGUAGAGAAGCGUUCAACCCCUCAAGUGAACCUUUUAGGAGAAAUAUGGAGAGUACAGGCAGCUUAUAAGCUAUCAGAAAAUCGUCUAAUUGUUCAGUCAUGGUAUUCGCUAACUCACAUUAACUUCAGCCAUAACCAGAUCACAACACUUGAUAGCUCAAUGACAUACUUAACCAGUUUAGAAAAGUUGGAUCUUAGCUACAAUCUAAUCACCCACCUAGAUUUACAGCUGGUGACAUCUCCCAGCUUGCACACACUUUCUCUUUCAAAUAAUAGAAUAUACCUUAUAUCAGCAUCAACACAACCAAUAGAUAAACUAAAAAACCUAAAUCUUAGUUACAACAAGGUACAAGCUAUUGGAGGUUUAUUGAGUUGCCAAGGGUUAGUAAGUUUGAAUAUUUCAUUUAAUGGAAUUGUGGAGAUCUCAGAGGCAAAAAAACUUGCUUCAUUGCCAUAUCUUUCAAAACUGGAAGUUGCAGGGAAUCAUUUUACAAAAAAGCGCCAUCAUCGUCUGAUAUUGUUGGCCUACUUUCAUAAUCGAAAGUUAAUUCUGGAUAAAAAAAGUGCAACAACAAAAGAACAGGCUAAGGUAGAUGCAAAAUUUCUGGCUUUAGAAAAUUUUAAUGAUAUCGAUGAUAGCAUUAGUACCAUGGAUGAUGACAUAAGUACGAUGUCUAAUGAGAGUGACUCUGGUUAUGAACAAUCCAUUAUGCAUUCACGCACUCAGGCUUUAAAAAGUAAUAAACAUAGUGAAUCUUCAGUUUCUAGUGCUUUAUCUAGUUCAAAUAAUACAACUUUUAGUUCAAACAGCGAUAUGUUUACACAAAAUGAAGUUCUUUCUAGAGCAGACUGGGAUCGAAUUUUAAAUAAAAACAUGCCAAUUAAUGAUGAAUUAGAUGAUUAUAGUACAAAUACCAGAACUGCAGAUGAUAUAGUUAAUAAAACAGAGCUUAAAAGUAAAACAAUAAGUGUAUUAUCUAAGACUGAAAAUAGUGAUAAUACAUCUGUUUGCGAGUCUUUAAAAUCAAACAGAAGUUGGGUUAAAAAUUUGUUUAGAAAAAAAGCAGAUCAUGUACUACCUGAAAUAAAUCAACUAAAUAUUACCAACACUAAUGAAGUAUUUACUCCUGAAAUUAAUGUAGUUGAAGUUGAUGAAAAGUAUGUUUCAAGAAGUUUUGAUGAUAACUGUGAUUUCGAAAAAGCUGAGGAAUGCAAAGAAGAAUGAUAUUUUUUAAUUUUUAUUUUUUAAUCAUUUUAUCCAAUUGUUUUAUUAGUUUAUAUUUGUUAUUUAAAAAAAUGUUGUAUAUAUUAGUUUAUGUAUGUCAAUUAAAUUGCGUGUUAUUAUAUAUACAACCCUUGGAAUUAGGAACAGCAUUUGGCAAUGCCAACCUAACUGCCAACCUGAAAGUA